GGUGAAAAACAGCACCCGGACAGUCUCAAUGAAGUCUUGGGAGAGGAAGACUUAAGGGAAAAGGAGUUGCUGAAACAGGCGUGUGGACCAUGGCAGAUACAAUGUCUGACACCGAUGAGAUCAUCAUCAAUCUUCUUUUGGUUGGCAGGACCCAGAGUGGCAAAAGUGCUGCUGGGAACAAUCUUCUGGGCAGCUUUGACUUUGACAGCCAUCUGUCCCCAAGCUCUGUAACCACAUGCUGCAACCUUGGCCGCAGCUGCCGCCUCUCAGGCUUCACACGCCGAAAAGGCCAUGAGCUAGCCCUGCGAGUUUGUGUGCUGGACACUCCGGGGUAUCCUCACAGCAGCCUGAGCAAAGAAGAGGUGCGGCAAGCAGUGAAGGGAGCUCUGGUGCAGCACUUUGGAGACAAGGGCCUUCACCUAAUACUCUGGGUCCUAAGAGCUGACUUGCCUUUUUAUGAGGAAGAAAAUCACCGCACAAUUCAGCUAAUCCAGGAACUUCUGGGUCCCACAUGGAAAAACUUCACUGCAGUCCUAUUUACGCAUGCAGACAAAAUAGAAGAGGCAGGAUUGAAUGGAGAUGAAUAUUUUCGUGUUGCCUCAGAUACACUGUUAAACUUUUUGAGCUCAAUACAACAGAGAUACAUUUUUAUAGACAACCAGGUAAACACACUUCAACAGGAAAGAAAAACAAUUUUAAGAAAAAUAAUGGAAUUUAUAAGACAAAAUAGUUACCAGGUACUUCUAGUUAAAUAAAUUGAUGGUGACAAACAUAUACAUUACCUCUCAGGUACUCAUUUAUUGACUAUCUUUUCUCCUUUGGGGUAAAAUGACAUGCAGAGAAGAGAACAUGUUGAAACUGAGAUUUGCAAUUCACUUAUUUGACAGUUGAAACAAUUUAGGCUACCAAAUGAGCUACCAUAAUCAUAUAUAGUUGCCUAUCACCCUAGUAUUUAAGAGCCAUCAUCACACCAGAUCACAGAUUCAGGCUGAAUUCUGGACAGUGCCCCUAUUACUGUAUUAUUCACAAACAUAAUACCAGAGGUCAUCAUAUUUUAUAUUGUAGUUCAUAAAGAGUAGGGCACUUGAGUAGAAAAUAAGAAUUUGUGUGUUCUAAACCAUUGUAGUGUUACUAUGCAUUAUUGAAUAGCUAUCAUAUUCUAUUGGAAGUAGCUGCACUUCAGUGGUGAGUGAAGUGAUUCUUCUUUUUUUGCGUUUAUGUUUAUAGACAGAAGUAUACAGUUUGCAAAGACUUGUCAAACCUUACAAGGUUAACAGCCUCAUAUUCUAAUCUGUUUUUCCCAAUUUGCUUCACAAUGAAUCCUAAUACAAACAGUUUCAGCUUUUUAAAGAACUUGAGUCCUCACUGGCUGAGUAGAUUAUAAAGCAGUUUAAAUCACUCACAUGUGCUGAAAAUUAUUUAGUGUAUUUGGAAGAACUAAUGAUUGCUGCUAGUUCCCAAAUGCAUGCAAAUUGUUAUGGUAGGAUAUAUAUACAAAGCACAUCUAAAAAAUAUGUCUUCAUCUUUCCAUUGUGCUUCUUAAUUGUAUAUCAUUGUAAUUUUGUUGUUUUCUCAGUUUGCUGUAUGACAAAUCUGGGAAAUUCAGAGAUUUAUUUUAUUGUUUGUUGGUUAGACAAUAAAUGGACAGUAAAUGAAACACUAAAACACUUGGAAGUAUAUUAAACAAUGGAUAUUUUAAAAGGUUAGUUGUGGAUCAAUAUAGUGCUGCUUUGUCAGCUCAUGAAAAUAUAGGAAUUAUAACAUCUAUAAUUUGAUAUUGACUGUACAUCAAUUGUGGCUACUUUUAACACGUGAUGCAGUAAGAGAGUUUAAAAAAGUAUAAAAAUUAAAUUAGAUUCUAUUUCAGUGAAGUACAGGGGGUCCCCAUUAUAAAUCCAGGUUAUGUUCCUAAAUAAUGCUACUUAUAGCAAAACAGGAAUUAAUACCCAUAAGGAAUAAUGUAAUUAUGCUUGAGAUACAAUCCCAGCACUUACAGUUCACACAUGGGUAUAUACAUAUCAUGUACGCAUAACCCAUACCUAUAACCCCGUCCCUCCCCUUGAGCCAGGCACCCUCACCCUCUCCUCCACCAACCCCUCCUCCCCCAGCUCUAACCUAAUGCCUGGGUCCUGGAGCCACAGCUUCUAUUGCCGUGUGUUGCUCCCUCCAGGCGCUGGGGCAUGUGCGCUAAGCAGCCUGCCAUGAGCAUGUGCUGGGGCGCUGUGCGCAGAGCAGCCUGGCCAUGAGCAUGUGCUGGGGCGCUGUGCGCAGAGCAGCCUGGCCAUGAGCAGCAUCAGGAGGAGCCGCAUUUUAAUUACACUCGCUCGGUCUACAUUGCUGGCUUUUGGGUCCCUUGAAAAAUGAUUUAAGUGCGGAUCUGUGUGACAUAUAAUGAUUUUAAUUUUCUUAAUUAAUUGACGACGUAUAUGUGAAACAACAAAUAUCCAGGAAACUUAUAAGGGGGCUCCCCUAUAUCUGGUUCUGUAUAUAAUGUACCUCUGAAGAAAUUUCAUGUAGAAGUUAAAAUGAAUCCAUUUUUGUUUCAUGCAUCAGUGUAAUAUUUAAACUGAACUAAACUAAUUUUGUUGGCCAGUCUGUUCUUUAGUGAUGAUUUAUGGAUAUGACCUAUCUACACCCAUUUCACUUAAACUGGCAGUCUCUGCUUAGGAGAAGCCCAAAACUAUAGGGACAGAGGAUUAGACAUAUCACAAGGGCAACAGAAUUCCACUUACUCAACUAACUCUACACUACCUGAACACCUAUCAUUAGGGACCUUUCUCCAGAGGUCCCUGCUUCCUGAGUAACUCUGUGGGUCACAGUGAUUCUUAACCUAUUUAUCAUUGUGGGUUGAAUCCCACACUACCUGUAUGGCUCUGAGGAUACAAAAUGGGCUGCAGCGCAGUGUUGAAUGGGUUGCAAGCAGACCAUGGGCCAUAGGUUGAGAACCACUGGUUUAGAGUGUAGAGCAGUGUUUCUCAACCAGUGGUACGUACUCGGGAGGAGUAUGUCAACAACUGAAAUUUGGAGAAAACUGAACGUGU